AUGUCAAGAAAACUGCAAAGGACUGAAAUCUGCGCUGACUGCAGUGCACCAGACCCAGGCUGGACCAGCAUAAACCGCGGAGUGCUAAUCUGUGAUGAGUGCUGCUCGGUGCACCGCAGUUUGGGUCGUCACAUUUCCAUCGUGAAGCACCUCCGGCACAGCGGCUGGCCUCCCACGCUGCUGCAGAUGGUUCAGACAUUGUCCUGCAAUGGGGCGAACUCCAUCUGGGAGCACAGUCUGCUGGACCCUGCUCAGGUCCAGAGUGGUCGCAGGAAACCCAACCCCCAAGACAAAGUUCACCCCACUAAAUCAGAGUUUAUCCGAGCCAAAUACCAGAUGUUGGCCUUUGUGCACAAGCUACCCUGCCGUGACGACGACGGUGUCACCACAAAAGACCUCAGUAAACAACUUCACUCCAGCGUGCGAACGGGCAGUUUGGAAACGUGUCUUCGGCUGCUUUCCCUUGGUGCCCAGGCCAACUUCUUUCACCCAGAAAAGGGCACAACUCCCCUUCAUGUUGCAGCUAAAGCGGGCCAAAUCCUCCAAGCAGAGCUGCUCGUGGUGUACGGAGCUGACCCUGGGGCGCCAGAUAUCAACGGCCGCACGCCUAUGGACUACGCCAGGCAGGCGGGGAACAUAGACCUAGCAGAGCGCCUGGUGGAGUGUCAGUAUGAACUGACGGACAGGUUAGCCUUUUACCUGUGCGGCCGGCGUCCAGAUCACAAAAACGGGCAUUAUAUCAUUCCCCAAAUGGCAGACAGAGCUCGCCCUAAGUGUCCAACACAGAGCUUGGACCUCUCAGAACUCGCCAAGGCUGCCAAAAAGAAGCUUCAAGCGCUCAACAACCGUCUUUUUGAAGAGUUGGCCAUGGAUGUGUAUGACGAGGUGGACCGCAGAGAAAACGAUGCAGUUUGGCUCACCACCCAAAACCACAGCACUUUGGUAACAGAACGCAGCGCAGUGCCAUUUCUACCAGUCAACCCCGAGUACUCUGCCACACGCAACCAGGGCAGACAGAAGCUGGCUCGGUUCAAUGCCCGGGAGUUUGCAACACUCAUCAUCGACAUCCUGAGUGACGCAAAGAGAAGACAGCAGGGAAAAGGUCUCAGCAGCCCCACCGAGCCUCUGGACCUGGGCUUCGACGACGACCAGCACGACUACGACAGCGUGGCCUCAGACGAAGACUCCGACAGCGAGCUGACAGCACAAAACAACAACAACACGCAACGCAGCAAUCGAGCCAAGAGCAUGGACUCGUCGGACUUGUCGGAUGGGCCCAUUACGUUGCAGGAGUACCUGGAGGUGAAGAAAGCCUUGGCCUCGUCUGAAGCCAAAGUGCAGCAGCUCAUGAAGGUCAACAACAACCUGAGUGAGGAGCUGCGCAGGCUGCAGAAAGAGAUCAUGCGGAUCCAGACUGAGAACAGUUCACUGCGGGGGGGCCAGCAGGCGGGGGGGAGCGGGCAGGGUCCGGGUGGCCCUGGAGGAGGGCACUGGGCGGGCAGUGGCGGCCGCUCUGGAGGGGGGGCAGCUCUCAGUGUGUUCGGUCCAAACACAGACCCUCAGAGUCUGUCCCUGUCCUCUGGGGCUUCUCACUCCCACCACAGGCGGGACAGACAGGCCGUGUCCAUGUACGAGCCUGGAGCCGCUCCGGGACCCCCCGCCCUGGACCCCUUGUCAGCGCGCCUGCAGCCCCUCCACACACCCAGUAUGAGGAAGGGCAGCACAGGGGGACCAGUGUCUUAUGGCAUCCAGCAUCUGUCCAGCACAACUGAUACAUACAACCGAUACAUGGUGCCUAAAUCUGAAAAGCACGGCAGCGGUACAGACAGCGACUAUGACAAUACGCAAACCUAUGACGUUUCGCUAAGUAUGGGCCGCAGCAGUGAAGAAGAGGGCCGCGGAGAGUCUGAGGACGGAGGGGCGGAGCUGGGUGAACCAGACCCCACGCUGCCCUGUACCGAAGAUGUCAUUCUGAAAACUGAACAAGUGACCAAAAACAUCCAGGAGCUGCUGAGGGCCGCGCAGGAGUUCAAACACGACAGCUUUGUUCCAUGCUCAGAAAAAAUCCACUCCGCUGUCACAGAGAUGGCCUCCCUUUUCCCCAAACGGCCGGCCCUGGACGCAGUGCACUGCUCGCUGCGGCUGCUGGCCUCCAGUGCGUCUCGGUUACAAGUGGAGUGUCGUAAAGCGUCGCCCACGGAGCCCGGGGCCCCCGCUGUGGACUACCAGCUCCUCACACAGCAGGUCAUACAGUGCGCUUACGACAUCGCCAAGGCAGCCAAACAGCUAGUCACCAUCACCACUCGAGAGAAAAAACAAUAG